UCAAAUAAAUAAAUACUAUAUUUCUAAUUCCAGAUAUAUUCCAUUUACACGUGUCGAAAACAUGGAGCGUGGUACCGUCACCAUGUUGUCAGCUGUGGUACUUGCUCUCGUAGUCCGAGAAGUCAGUGCUCUUGCCCUAAAUCCCUAUAUCACUCUUCCUGCCAACUAUGUUUUGGGUUUCACGGAUAUAUUGGACGAGAUCGACUGCAGGGUGUCUGUCUGGUCCGCAUGGGGUCCAUUCAACAGUAAAGGUUACCGGAUCCGCACACGGACUAUUCUAAGGCACCCACAAAAUUUCGGAGCUGCCUGCCCAUCACUCACUGAAACUGAAUGGGUUGUAGAUCCAUGGUUUAACAGAAGCAUUCCACAAACGGCAGCUCAAAUGGAAAGGAGCCUGAUAUCCGGAACUCACACCCUGGAGUAUAUUUUCUUUACUAAACGGCAGGCGAGCACCAUUAAACCACGUGAUUUCCUGUUUAUUUUGGACAUGAGUUGCACCAUUAACAGUGCGGACUACGCCAAGGAGAAAGACAACAUCGCCAAGCUCAUCGGUGUGAUCUGUGGAACGAUUGGCCCCGGAAACGACAACAACCGAGCAGCUGUGAUCACCUUUUCUACCGACCCCGUGAUAAACUUUGACUUCAAUGACCACCUUAACUUGGCUGAUCUCCAGGCCGCCGUGAGAAAUUUACCGAAAGUUUCCACAAGGACUUGCACAGGAAAGGCGCUCGACCUGGGGCAGACGAUGUUCGACACCAGCAAAGGGGCACGUUCAGACUUCAUAUCCGAGAAAGAGGUGAUUUUACUCACUAACGGAAAAAGUAACUGUGGCCCGAACGCCGUCAACGCCGCUCUGGCUCUGAGGAACAGUAGAACACCGCCUCUCCCGCUAUUUGUGUUCGCCAUAGGCAACCACAAUGCCGCUGAUCGGCAGGAGAUACAAGCCAUGGCGUCUGCUCCGACGUCUUACCAUCUUUUUCACUUCACAAGCUUUAUAGAGUUUGAGCAGGUUGUAGAGUUCAUAAUAUCCACCCCAUACGACUGCGCACCGAUCGAUUUUGGUGGUUACCCCAAACAUGUCAUUAUGCAUAAGGAUGCGCUCCUAACACAGGUGCUGAACAGAAAAUAGCUUCUUCGGUUAGGCUCUUUUCUUAAUCGUUUUUAAAAGCGUCCAUAGAUUAAUUUUUAUUUCAGAAAAGUAUCUGAAGUGGUCACAGGUCAUGUAUGUACCGCAUCUUUUCAGGUUAUCUACAUAUAUCACAGGUGGAUAAGUUAGACCAACACUUUAAAUGCGUCUUUAUUUUCUAAGCCAUAUGUAACAGUAUAAAUCUUACCCAUUUGGCUGUUCCAUCAAUCACCUCCUCUGGCAAACUGGUUAUUUAAGUAAUCCUGACACGGUUUGUAAUAUGGUCACGGUAUCCGUGGUGACCCUUUUAAAAUACUCAUCGAAUUGAUCAUUUGAGAUCAGAUUAUUUUACUGGAAGCUAAAAUUAGAGAGCACCGAUUUCCCUCCAUUAUGGUCAAUGUUGAAUGAUCCUGUUUUAACCUCUUCAGCAGAUUCGACGGUGGUACGCAUCCAGCUCUCUAAGCCUAUAGCCUAUACAUUUUGAAGUAUGCAAAUAAAACAUUUUUUCUGCAUGGUAUUAUUUUUGUUUGUUUCAUAAUUAGGUUGACAGUUAUUUAUUUAAUUAUGUACCUAUGUGAUUUUUGCUUCACGCCAUAAUGAAGCAAUUUUCACAUUUUA